AAUUUUUGGUAAUAAAAGCCCUAGGUCAUACGCUCAAGAACAGCAGUGGAAUUUAGCUGUAAUUCAGAAGUCCUCUCUUCAGACAUUUCUUACAAAUCACUGAAGGACACACGGGAUCUUUGGUCACUUGUCGGAGUCGCUAUCCAAAUCCAUCGACAUUCGAACCAAAAUCCAACAUCCCAACUUCUUUUCCUCUUCCCUUUCUCCUUCUGCAACCUGUUCAAUCAUCGGAAUAUUGCCGGAAAAACUCUGCAUUCCGUUUUGGAUUGCCUGAAUUACUGACACUUGCGGCUCUUUUCUGAUUUCAAACGAUCGUCUCCGUCGGAAACCCAUGUCUCGGAAUUUUGCCGGAUUUUCGGUUUGUGGGUUUUCAGGUUUCAUUUUCUUAAAUGCUGCAUUAUAUUGGAGAUAACAAGGAAGAGGAAAUGAAGAUGAGGAACAAAUACAGGAAAUCAACCACUUUACGUUGCAAUGCAGGGAGUAGAUGUUUCAUAUCUGUGAUAAUAGGGAGUCUAGUGGGGUGUAUUCUUAUACUACAUAUAUUUUCUCCUAUAAGCCGCAAGGAUGAGAUAGUUCGGGGCAUCGAACUUCAAACAAGUCACCACCUUCGCUUCCGUGAACUUGAAGAGGUAGAUGAGGAAAACAUUCAAAUUCCCCCUCCAAGGGGUAAGAGAUCCCCACGUGCAGCGAAGCGAAGACCAAAGAAAACAACCACGCUAAUUGAUGAAUUUCUUGAUGAAGAUUCACAGAUUAGACACAAGUUCUUUCCUGAUCAUAAAACUUCCGUUGAUCCAAUGAAAACAGGAAAUGAUAGUAUGUACUAUUAUCCAGGGAGAGUUUGGCUGGAUACUGAAGGGAAUCCCAUUCAAGCUCAUGGAGGUGGAAUUUUGUUCGAUGAAAGAUCUGAAUCAUACUAUUGGUAUGGAGAGUAUAAAGAUGGCCCCACCUACCACGCUCACAAAAAGGGAGCUGCACGGGUCGACAUUAUAGGAGUUGGUUGCUACUCCUCCAAAGACCUGUGGACAUGGAAAAAUGAAGGCAUUGUUUUGACAGCGGUAGAAACAAAUGAGACCCAUGAUCUUCACAAAUCCAAUGUACUCGAGAGGCCUAAAGUUAUCUACAAUUCGAGGACGGGAAAAUACGUAAUGUGGAUGCAUAUAGACGAUGCGAAUUAUACAAAAGCUUCCGUGGGUGUUGCCAUCAGCGAUUACCCCACCGGUCCAUUCGAUUAUCUUUACAGCAAAAGACCCCAUGGAUUUGACAGCAGAGACAUGACAAUCUUUAAAGAUGAUGACGGUACAGCGUAUCUCAUUUACUCAUCUGAUGACAAUAGUGAACUUCAUAUAGGGCCUCUCACAGAAGAUUAUCUCGACGUGACCAACGUCGUGAGAAGGAUUUUCAUUGGCUACCACCGGGAAGCGCCAGCUUUGUUCAAACACCAGGGAACUUACUAUAUGGUCACGUCGGGAUGCACAGGAUGGGCCCCGAAUGAGGCACUGGCACACGCAUCAGAGUCGAUGUUGGGUCCAUGGGAGACGAUGGGAAAUCCAUGUAUAGGAGGAAACAAGAUGUUUCGACUAGCUACAUUCUUUGCCCAGAGCACAUUUGUUCUUCCCCUACCUUCACAUCCUAGCUUGUUCAUCUUCAUGGCAGACCGAUGGAACCCCGCAGAUCUUAGAGACUCAAGAUACGUUUGGUUGCCGUUGAUGGUCGGAGGACUUGUCGAUGAACCACUCGACUACAAUUUCGGGUUCCCUUUGUGGCCAAGAGUGUCCAUAUAUUGGCAUAGAAAGUGGAGGCUUCCUCAGGGCAGGAGUCUGUCRAAAUGACACAUUUUCUUUGAUCUCACCCUCAGAUGUACCAUACGAGAAAGAUCUUUGGUUGAUUCUUUCACAGUGUCCCAUAGUUUUCCUUAACAAUUGAAUAAUGUUUACUAGUUCAUAUUAUAGGCACAGAAUUUUCAAUCCUUGAAUGAAUUUAUACCCCUAAUGGUUAAUUAAUAAUGAUGA